AUGGCCACUCUGAUCAAGGAAGGUAUGAACAAGUCAGUCCGGUCUCUGUCGGAUCCGCUCCGGUUCACCCCCUCCUCCGCGCUGCGCGUCCCGCCCUGGGCUGCAGCUCCAGCCUCUGCGCGCGGGGCACCGGCUCUUGCACGGCUAACACCAGCGGGAGGGGGCGCCGUCUCCGGGAGGCCCGGACCCCGGCCCGCGGACGCAGAGCCCCCGCACAGCCCACGGGGCUCGGGGAGUGAAGGCGCCGAGCCCCGGCAGCGGCAGCGGACACGCCGGGGCGCCAGCGGAGCCAGGCGGGUAGCGGGCCCUGGACCCCGCGGAGAGUGGAAGCGUCCCAGCCUCUGGCGGCGGGCCUCGGGGUCUCCGGCAGGGGCGGCGUGGGGAGGGGCGCCCCGGAGUCUCCCCUCACCCGGCCGGCUGCGCGCGGUGGAGAAAGCAGAAACAAGCCGUGCGGCGGAGAGUCCCGGGGGAGCCGGAUUCUGGGAAGAGAAACUUGCGGGCGCGGCCAGGGACGGGAGGCGGGGGCGCUCGGCGGGGGUUCCUCGCCGCCCCUCACCCGCGCCGCCCGCGGUCCAAGAAGCCGGCUCCCCCCUGCUCGCUGGGCGUCUAAAGGCUGGGCCACUGGCCUCGCCGGGUCGCUACCGCUCAACGGCUGCGGCCGCCCUGCCCCGCCCGGAGGGAGGGGCCGCCCGCGCAGCGCGGGGUCCUGCGGAGCCGGCCGAGGACCCAGAGGCCGCGGCCGCGCACCCGGAGCCUGCACCUCCGCCUCCUCUCGCGCCUUCUCCACCCUCCCGGGACCCGCGGCCACCCGGCCCACCUGGGCCCCCCGCGGGACGUCUCCGGCCUCUCCGGGCCCCAGACCCCCUCGCGUAG